AUGGGGAGCGAAGAGGUGCCGCCGCUCUUCGCGAUGGCCGUGCGCUACCGCGUGGGGGACGACGUCAAGACGCCGUUCGGGCCCGGAUGCGUGCGCAGCUGCAGCGACCGCAAGACGCACGUGGAGGUGGCGCUGGCGGGGGGCGCCGUGCUGUACGCGCGGAGGGGCUGCCUGCUGCCGGAGAUCCGCAUGCUGCAGUGCGGAGAAAUCCCGAGGCACACGAGAGUGCUAGUGCUGCGUGGAGGAGAAGAGGAGAUGGAGGAGGAGGGCGUCGUGCUCAACUACAUUGUGCCGGACCAGAAGUACCAAAAAAACGAGCUCCGUCUGGCGAAGGAGACGCGCGUUCGGACGAGUUUCGGUCUCGGAUCCGUCACGGACUACAGGAGCCCGAACGACUCGUAUGCGGUGCAACUGGACUGCGGCAGCGUCGGCUACUUCCAGGCAAAAGAUGUGGCGUGCGUCGAUCUCCGACUGCUGUCAAAGGUGCCCAAGCCACUAUCCGCCGAGAGGAUCUACGACGAGUUUCAGGGACGGAUCACCCGCGACGACGCGCUGGUGCUCAGCCUCAAGGCGAAGCAGACGUAUCGCCAGCUCCAGAUCUUCUGUGAACAGCACGCGGAGGCCAUUUCGUUUAUCUCGACGAAUGCGUCGUACGGAGACCAGUACACGAGAGCUCUAGCUUCGCUGCUGGACCCCAGCUUUUCGGACGCUACCCAACGUUUAAGAGCUGCAAGCGGGAAAGAGCUAACGCGCUUGAAGGAGAUGGCAGUGUCUGCGAAGGCGAUGCUAGAGAGCGACCUGCUUGAGGGCAAAGACUCAGCUGCGUUUUUCGCCAAGGCGGCUACUGUCUUGAGUCAGUUGAAGAACAGUGACGAGGUGAAGAAUCUUCACUCGACCCUGCGCGAGAAGGCCAGCGCUGAGCUCGGUUCGGCUCGGCAGAGACUCCUUUCAAGGGGUAGUGCUGCGUCGAUGCUGACUUCGUCGCAGGAAGACAACAAACUUGUUCUCUCGCAGGUUUUGCAGGUCUUGGAAAGCAAAAUGAAUGCGGAGCAGCCUCGCUUUCAGGCCCUGAAGGCGUCUCUAGACCACCAAACGUUGCAGUCGGAGGUGCUAGCGAAAAUGCAGCAGCACGAAAGCGACUUGAUGAAAGCGCAGGAGACAAUUGCACGCCUGGAGCAAAUGGCGAGCAAGAAGCUGGGCGUGAACUCAAUGACCGAUUUGGACCCGAGCGCGUUGGCGCUAAAAGCUGAAGAACUGCUACCGAAGUUGUCGUCUAAGGCCGAAGUGCUGGUUCACGCCUCCGAGAAAUAUUGGAUGCAGAUGCAGCAGACCUCGCACGGCCAAACACUGAUGAAGAAGGCGAAGGAAUUGGUUCAGUCUGUUGAGAACCCUGAUCAGUUUUGCGACAACGUGACAAAGGCUAUCGCUGAGGUCAAAUUGGACAAGCUGGCAGAGUGGGGAACCACGAUGUCAAAGAACCGCGAGAAGCGCCAAGAGUUCGUUAACCGGAUGAAGGAUCACUGUCUCGAUUUCUUCACGUCCGUGUUGCCAACCUUGAAAGUUGACACGAUUUCGGGUGUGGAAGACGACAUCAAGUACUCGAUUUCAAAUCUAGAUCUGUCGAAUUUUCGUGUGAAGAAAGAGCGCGUGAAAGUGCGGAUGGGAACAGUAGUCGACGAGGAGCUGUUCACCGUUCGAGCGACGCACUUGACUGCGCUACUGAAGGGCUUUGACUGGACCUUCGAGCAGAAGUAUUUUCCAUACUUGCAUGGAGGAGGGUUGGCGGAUGCUGCCCUCAGUGGAGGUGUGAUUUCGCUAGGCUUUAAAGCUGAGAAGAAGGUUGUGAACGAGGAGACGGGUGAGUUCAAACCGAUUCUGGUGCUCAAUUCAAUGACGAUCGAAAUCCGCCAGGAAUUAAAGCUCACAGUCCAAGGGAGCUGGUUCAGCGCAGUCUACAACAUGCUGACAUCACUUUUCGCGGAGCUAAUCCGCGAGUAUCUGGCCAAGACAAUGGAAACAAAGCUGUUGAAGCACAUGAUUAAGCUUCUGGGGACGCUGAACAAGCAAAUGGACGAGUAUUGGCCACUGAUCUUUCAACUCCUCGACAUCCGCAUGGAAGAUUUACCGACGGCGAGUCCAUGGCGCGGUGCGAAGGAGGUCGAGAUUCAACCACAAGAGCUUGAGUGCACCUUCACCGAGCGAAAUACCGUGCCUUUCACUUUCACGAAGGGGGUUCUGAACAAGUAUGUGGUCGUAUCACGAAUUUUGGAUGUUGACACGCCAGCGACCAAGAAAGAGGAGUCCGAUGACCAUCACGAUUUCCAUUUAACCGGAGAUCUCAAGCGUGUUCCUGUGGGGAGCAGUGUACUGGCAAUCAACGGUCUGUGCUGCAGUAAGCUGACGGUGGAGGAGCUGAGAGGCUUGCUGGACUCGCUGCCCCUACCAUUCACGAUGCGAUUCUCAUUGCUCCCGGAAGACCCUGCGAAGAACAGGCGACAACAGAUGAAGCCCCAGCCCGAAUUCUCCACUUUUACCUUUCGACAGGAGGGACCAUUUGGGUUGCGACUGCGAGCUCGCCCUCUGGCGACUUGUGGUGUGAUUGUGGUUGGCUUUACAGCGAAAUCGGACGGUACGAAAUGUCCAGCAGAACUCAGCGGCAAAAUCCGAAUCGGGCAGCUCCUGAUGAAGGUCAACAACGUUGACUUGCGCUUCAAGACGCUGUCUGAAGUGUUGGCCGUUCUUCGCGAGUUAAAGUCGCGCCCUGUGACGAUGCAGUUUGCCACAAGCCCGGAUGCUGUCAUCAAGCUACGCGACUGGCCCCCAAUGAUUGAAAUGGAGGACGCGUCUUCGUUUGCGUGUGACGAUGAAGAUGACCCGCCGUCCACUGGCAGGAAGUAUGUGGUGCUGUCAGCUUUCGCGCGUGUUCCGUCCUACGCCCAGCGGACCCAUUUGGUGGAGAAGGGAGACGUGCUGCUACAGGUGAAUGAUACGCCGCUUACAGGCCCUGACUACGGUAAUUUUGCGGAGAUUAUGGAGGCCCUGCGAGAAAUUGCGAGUAAGAAGGAGCCGAUGCGCUGCACAUUCGUAAGCAGAGAGGACUAUAUCGCCGUCCGCAAGCUGCUUCAGCAGCAGCGUCGCUCAGACAGCAAGAUUGAAAGCGAGGAGAUCAAGGAGGCCGGCGAUGGAUCCGCUGCCCCGCCCGUCAACGAGGACAGCGUCGACAUUUUGUCGUCCAUCCCAACGAAAGAAAUCGUUUUCCCGAAAGCCCCACUCGGCAUUCUGUUUGGCAACUGGAAAGACGAGGCGAUCUACAUUCGAGCGUUCAUCUCGAGCCCAGGUCCAGCAGAGAAGACGGGUCUGCUCCGCCCAGGACAGGCGAUACUCCAGGUGUGUGGACACGCUGUUCCUCGCGAAUCCACCCCUGGCAUCAUCGAGGAGAUGAUCUUGAAGGUGAGUCUCGAAGCAAAAGCUCAAGACGACGACAAUUCGGACGACGUCAAUGCAGACUCGAAGCGCGACAAGAAAAUGAAGUACACGCUGACAGUUCGAGAUCUUGAGUUGGAGCAAGAGUUGAUGAAGUAG